AUGGUUGAGGAACAUGACAGAUUGCUUCCAAUUGCAAAUGUUGGUCGGAUAAUGAAGCAAAUUCUGCCAGCAAACGCCAAGAUUUCAAAAGAAGCCAAAGAAACAAUACAAGAAUGUGCAUCUGAGUUCAUAAGUUUUGUGACAGUGGAGGCAUCUGACAAGUGUCACAAGGAGAACCGCAAAACAGUUAAUGGAGAUGACAUCUGUUGGGCUCUGGGUUCACUAGGGCUUGAUCACCAUGCUGAGGCUACUGGAAGGUACUUGUAUAAAUUUAGAGAGUUCGAAAGGGAGCGAGCUAAUCAAAGCAAAGCCAUCACUGCAGGCAGAGAACAGAAAGAUUGA